AUGAAUUCUUCUAAUAUUAAUAGCUUUCUCAAUCAAGUUUUCGAAAUUACUAUUCCAACAUUACUAGAUAUCGAUUUUAUAUGUUUCACACCAAACUUUUAUCGAACAGACAGAUUCUUCAACGUCUUUGUUGAUGAUCGACCUUCCAAUUUAAAUACUACGAGAUACAUUGAUACAAAAACACACACAUUCACCGGAUUUAAACCAGGGCGAUAUACAUUUAACUUAAUUACAGAUUGGGAUUCAGAAGAUGUGAUAUAUCCUACGAUUUAUUAUAAAAACGAAGCAUUAAAUACAAAAUUUUGGAUUGACUCAAUAGAAAUAAGAGAUAUUCUCGAUACAACUAAUAUUACCCAUAUCUACGAAAUUAUAUUGCUAAUCAUUUCCAUAGCUACGGCAUCAAUUUAUUUUAAAGUUGAUCAUCUCAAUUUUUUGAUCGCUCUGAUACCAAUUUUAAUUAAAUUAUUUAAUACUAACGAUAUACACAUAAACGCAUGCAAGCCGAACUACGUCAAUGAAAAAUCUUUUCUGUCAAAAAUUUUUGAAUUAAAAAAUUAUUCAUCUUGGGCAAAAUUUGAUGAAAAGGUAUUCAAAGAUGCACUAGAAUCCAAACUAGACUAUUCCAAAUGUAUUCUAUGCAAUUACACUCCGCCAAUAAUUUAUAAUAACAGAUCUACAGAAAAAGAUGCUAUUUUCAUGGCGUAUUUCAACAGACCUGUCCAAUACGAAUCUGCUUUAACUGCUCACACGGCUGGCUUCAAAGGGAAGAUCUUUAUUUUCAGUGAUUUCGAUAUAGACGAACGCCACAAAAACCGCGGAAUCUAUAUAAUUCCUGCAGAAAUUAAACCACACACAGAUGGUUUUCAUUCACAGUAUUCUCGAUUUCCUGUGAUGUCACGAGCCAUCUCAUUAGUUAGUGAUCAAAUUGAUAGAGUUAUAUAUGUUGAUUCCAUGGAUACAAUAUUCCAACUUGAUCCAUUUGAUUUCAAUAAUAAAAAACUUCAAGUUAGUGAUCAAGACGUAAAGUACAAAAAGGUCAAAUGGUAUCAUUUAUGGAUUCCUGGUCUUUUUGGGUUUAGAAUGAGUUACUUCAAGAGUGGCUCAAUGAUAUGUUCUGGUGUUUUUGGAGGAAAACUCGAAACAGUUACAAAUUUCAUGAAACUUGUUUCUGGUUAUUAUCGAGUUGGUGAAAACGCCGUCCCUGAUCAAGCUGUGAUGGAUGUGAUUCUUCAAUCAGAUAUACCUAAAAAAUCUGGUUUUUAUUGGGAAGUAAAUGAUGGAAUGAGAUCAAUCGCUUAUUGGAUGCCUGAUAAAAAAGGGAAGAGAUAUAAAGAUGCUCCAUUGGGACAGUAUAGAUGUCAGAAGACAGGAAAACUUAUCCCAAUUGUACACCAGAUUAAUAGAAACCGUAAAUUAUUUAAUGAAUGGAAAGGAUUAUGUGCUGUUAAUAAAUAA